CGAAGUUUAAGGUGCGAGGAAACGAUGCGGAGAGGGUGACCAACGACCCACUACAUAGGUACGUUACGGGCCCGCUGCCUCACACCGACGCAGCGACACUGCUCGUGCUCAAAAAAUCCCAAUAUUAUUACAGAGAAUUAGGGCUUUAGGCAGGUUUCCAUCUUGUCUGGACUCUAUUCCCUUCGGACGCUCAAAGCGCCUGCACUUCUGCUUUGAUUCACGGGUUGUACCUUAUUGGCACGAUCCAGGCGAAAACUGGUUGCGCACCCACUUCUCCUAGAAGAAUACCUAUCUGGUAACAGAUUCCAAGCCAAAAGACCGUUGGUUUCGGCCGUCUGGUUGUGUGCCAGCGAAUGCGCCUUUCCCUCCCGAGGCGCUUCCUGGAACGCAACACACCUCAAUAUCAAGCCAUGGCUCAUGGAGAAGCAGGCGUCCUGUGGCACCCAAAGACUGUUUACGAGGCGCCCCGCCCCAAUGCCUUCACUAAGGUACUCACAAUGGAAAGAUCAGGGCAGGAGGAUGCAUGGCAGUCGUGGUCGAAACUGAACCAGACUCCGGCGCAUAUGCUGGGGCCAAUGAGGUGGGCCACUCUUCGUCCAAGCUGGGCUCGAGACAAGCUCCAGCGCAAGAGGAAUCGCACACCUUUUUACCGCAUCCUGCCUGUCUUGUCGACAGCCGCCCAGAAGAGAGCAUUCGGAGCCAAUUGCGCUUGUGCCUUUUGCUGUCUGGCGCAAGGUGCUCACGACAUGCGAACUGAACGGUACCACCCUCCACUCUGCCACCCUAGUGCAAACCCCUCCACCCCCGGCGCCAGGUCAGCCGCAUGUUUCUGCAGUUGCAGGAGACGGCGAGUGGCGGUUGGUUGUAGAUAUUGAGAACGCAAGCGUUACCCUACUGAUCUGUGAAAUGGAAAAGAGAGCAUACAUUGCGCCCGACUGUGCGCGCAAUGCCAGAGAAGGGUUUUGAGCGUGGUGCAACCCAAUUGCCUCGCACGACGCCACUACAUAUGAUGCCCCCCGCACCCACGCCUCUUCCA